AUGGCGCCGCCGUUUCUCUCCGAAACAAAGAAGCUCGAUACUCUCUACAGCGUGGGCGAGGAGCGCACGGUUGUACUCGCUAUAGACACUUGCAAGUCGUGCCUUUCCGCGUUCGACUCCCUCGCCGCCUCCUGCCACAAAACGCAAUCUUUCCUCUCCGCGAAUUCCGCUUCUUCUGCGGACUUUCAACUCAAACCCACGGACCGCCUUGUGGUGGUGUUCCACCAUGCCAACCACACGCCCAUUAGCAUCAUGACACGCGGCGCGGGAAAGCUUCGCGAAGGGUUUGACGACAAAUCGAGCGACAGCCAAUCGGAAAACAGCCCCGCGUCGCCGUCAACCCCAAGGUCCAUCUUAUCUGCGCUCCUGAGCCCUCUAGGAGCGGGAGGUUCAAAGCUCCGACCGAACUCCGCGUCCGGCGCCGACGACGGCGGGGACGACAGCGUCGCGCCGCCCAGGCUAAACCUUCCACGCCAUCAGCUGUGGCGGCCGCAGCUGAACCCUUCAAAUGUGGUGCGGCAGAUGCAGGAGGCGGGGCGCGCGGACGCGGCGCCGGUGGUGGUGAUGGCGCUGAUGGCGGAGCGGGAGGUGCGGCGCGCAUUGGCGGAGAGGACGGCGUGGGAUAGGCGCACCAAGCGCGCGGUCAUGCGCAUGGCGGCUGUUGCGCGCGCGUGCAAGAUUCGCUUCGAGGUUAUCGACCUCUCAGACAUCGCAGGAGAGCCCGACAGCAGCAAAAAGCGAGACACGAAUCCCGUCCUAUCCAUGCAUUCGCCGCCCUCGGCAUGUCCGAGAAAAACCUGCGAAAAGUCACCGCCGUCGCAGGCACUGUCUUGGGAGGCCAAGGCAGAUGCGGUGAUCCGGUUCUGUCUGCAUAUCAACGCAGAGCUGCUGCUGCUCCCCUCCUCCCAUGCGUGUAAAGCGCUCAACUUCUCUGGCAAAUUCGCUACCCAUAAUUUCACGAUUCGCUGUACGCGAGAUGCACCCUGUCCGUUGAUCAAGCUUGGAGCUGAUUCAGGUGGCGACGGGAAGGAUGGGCGAAGGAGUUGCAAGAGUUUGGGGUCGGUAUCAGAGAAGGACUAUGAACUGCCUAGAAGCGCUACGCUGGAGGACCUUGUGUGA